UCCAUGCGCCCAAUAUGCGGUAGAAUUUGGAGCGGAGGAGCGAAAGACCUUGGAGGGUCUCACCCAAGAACCAAACUACAAAUGGGCCCCGUCGCCUAGCGUUUACCCGACCAAGCCUUGCUUUUGGUGCAUUACCAACAUCACCACUCACCAAAACUAAAAGGUCUACCAUCUUUCCAUCUUCCACACGGUUGACACUUCGAGGACGGGGAAAAUGGCAGCAAUUCCAUCUAGUGGUUCCCUUGUCGCCACCCAUGAUUACUACCGAAGGCGCAUAGGAUCUACAUCCAGCAACAGUUCCUGUGGCAGUUCGGAGUACUCUGGGGAGGUCAUUCCACACCCACCAGGUCUGGCACGUCAGGACUCUGGCCACUGGUGGGCCAGUUUCUUCUUUGGGAAGCAGAAUCAAAUGGGGACACCCAAUGGAUUCGAAUCUCAGCAGAAGACUGGCACCUACACAGUGACAAACGGUCAGGUGACCUGCGUUGCCCGAGAGAUUGUGAUGAAAAGACAAAUGAGUGAGAGCAGUGACUCUGGGAAGGAGCCUGGAUCCCCUCUCCCCUCGUAACCACCCUGAUCCAAUUCCACACCCCUCACCCCUCAAUCCAGGAGUCACCGUGGGCAGAAGCAGGCGGCGGAGGCUCCAUUUUUUAUUUUUAGUAAAAACCGGCUGCUUUGUUAUGCCAUGCUAUAUAGUGCUCUUUUUGUAUUUAUGACCAAAUCAACAAUGUAAAACAAACUUGCAAAUAUAUGCUUUCUGUAUGACUUGAGUAUGUUAGUGUAAGUCACUGUAUCACUGGGUGCACUUUGCAAUUGUUAUAUUUGCUGUGAAUAAAUGACUAACUGCAGCCUAAA